GCUUCAUCCUCGAGAUCCUCCAUAUAUGCAUGUCAUGGACCACCUUGGCUCCUCCUCUUCCCAGCAGCUAGCUCAGGCUGCUCGACAGGAUGUCCAGCCCUUCUUCACUGCUCGCAUAUUCCCACUCAGCAGUGAUGAGGCUGCCUUUGAUCGCCAAGGGCUCCUCGCUCUUAGGCUCAGCCUGCAACGCCACCUCGACGACUUCCUAGCCGGUCCGCAACCUCAUGGCGCAGAGGGAUACGUAUUCUAUCGCUCACAGCCUAUCAUUUCUAUCUCUCGGGGCAUCAAGAAGGGCACUCAAGUGGCGCCUCCCCACAUAAAGCUGUCCCUCUCUACAGGCGGAGCCACAGAGGACGAGUUCCUCCUACUCCACUUCCUAAGGCUGCAGCAGAGACCUGGAAGCUUGCUUCGCGACUACGCUGUCCAGGUCAUAGAUGAAGAUGGCGAGCUACUUCUCAUUGAGGCUGCUGACCAUAUUCCGGACUGGAUUGACCCGGAUAAUGCGGCUGGUAGGGUGUGGCUGGUUCAAGAGGAGGUCAAAAUCCUGCCCGCUUCCUUGGAUAAGGGCGAUGCUUCCUUCCAAGAGGACGCUGCUUCCAUUGGACCCAUUGCAGACAUCAACACCAGCCUUCGGCUUCUUCAGGAUCACGCUGCAGCUACGAGCACAUCCUCCGAUCUCAACAUCGCUGCCUUCUCACGAAUGGCUACCUACCCAGGAACUGAAUGGACAGAUACUGUGCAGCAUCGCACAACAAGUAUCGUACCUUCCCUGUCAAUCGCUCGAGCUUUUCGCUCGCGGCCACAGCUGAUCGCGAGGGCCGGGCAGGCAUUCUUAGGCAGAGACGCUAGAGACGCGAGGAUAGCCAGCAGGAUGGCCAAGUUACUGCCUCAGCAGUCUGCGUCAACGUCACUCGGCGCUGCCUCUGCAGCUGUCCAAGCCGAACCGCUGGGCUUUCCCAUCACCCUCUCGCGUCGGCUAUACACCCACCUCCUCUCAGCGCGCUAUCACCCACCCCAACCUUUCUCAUCAGUGUACCGAGACCAGGUCUCUUCCUUCUGGACGGCACUGGACUCGCUCGCAUCCCCAGAAACGGAGACCAGCGCAUCAGAGCAAGAGAGGCAACAGCGCGCCUCAACACUGCAAGAGGGCAGGCGAUGGGACCUUGGCUGUAAGCUUGCUGUUGGUUUGGAAAUUGCGUUCGCUAAUGACUUGGAACGUCGCAGCUCUGCGAACAGAAGGAAGCAUGAUGUUUUCGCCUCGUCGUCGAGCAGCGGUGCAGCUCACGGAAGCGAGUCGGAGAUGGAUCCUCGACAGCGACCCGACUAUGGGGCCUUCAUCGCCAGAUUGGAGAGCUUCGGCUUCUUCGAGGGACAGAUGAGAGGUAGCAAAAGAUGGACGGAGCUUGAGGAGCAGGCCGUUAAGGAGUGGGGUGUUGGCAGGAAGGCGCCUGCCCCCAGUAGAGCAAAGGAUUCGUCAGAAGAAGAAGAUGGCGAGGAGGAUGCGUUGGGAGAAUGGACACAGACCCCAACCCUGUUGGCCUCCACACCAUUGCCCGACCUCGAUGUCAUUCCUCCCACCGACCUCGCAGCCUUGGCCUCCCUGGAGCAACCCGAUACCUGGCUCUACGAAGUCGGGUCGACCUUCCUCGACGCCGGACCGGAUGAUCUCGAUGGCCCUUCGAACGAAGAGCAGGAAGCACAAGCUCGCCUGUCCCACUUUGCGACUCAGAUGGAGAAGUUCGUCGAAGGGAAAGGGGACGUGGAGGGGGCUUUGAUCGAUGAGAGUGGGAGUGAGGAUGAUAGUGAGGACGAGGAGGAAGUGAGGGAGCAAGUGCGGGAGAGGCUAGCCGCAAUGAAUGAUGAGCAGAGGGAUCACGAGCUGAAGAGGGUGCUCCCAGGGUUCGCGGAGAGACCAGGCUGGGACAAAACGGGUGAGCAGGAUAGCGAGCGUAUGGAGGAGGAUCUACGAGCGAUGGAGGAGAGUCAGGCGCGUCUUGAAGCCGAGGAGAGCGUUGCUGCCUCAUCACGCCAGGACGAUGGCGCCGACACGGCCGGCCCUCCUUCCUCUGGAAAACGCGCCCUCUCCAACGCAGAGCUACGCUCCUCCCUCGCCUCCUCUGCCAAAGCCUUGAGGUCAUCCAACCUCUCAGCCAACAAUUUUGAAGGAGCCGAAAGUUGGGAGCUUGGCGGCAGUGACGAUGAUGCUGAGCUCGAUGAGGAUGGGAACGCACUACCUCAGCUUGAUGAGGAUGGGAUGCCCGAAACGAAGGAGACGCGCAGACGACGGGCGGAGAUGCUGGGUCUGGAGCCGAGUGAUGAUGAGGACGACGAGGAGGAGGAGGACACUGUGCAGGUUGGCGCAGGAGAAGCGGACAAGAGGUCAACCUUCCAAGAUGAUGUGGCUGAGGAGAUGGACGAGUUCCUCUCUUUUGCUAGCAAGGAGCUUGGCUUGACUGCUGGGCAGCUGGAUAAGAUCAUGCAGCAGAGGAGGGACGAGGGGAGAUGGGUACCGGGAAAAGAGCAGAAGGAUCAGGCGCCGCAGCAGCAGGCGUCCGCGUCUUCUCAUCCCGCUGCUGCUGCCUCGUCGACACCCGAAUUUGGCAAAGGCUUCGGGAAGGGCUUUCUCAAUAAGAAGGCGAGAAGGCCAGCAGCACUGUCGGCUGGUGCGCCACCGCCAGCAUCGUCGCUCAAGAAGCAGACCACAUCAUCGAACGGCGCCUCAUCUGCUGUUGAACAAGAUGGUAUCAGUUCCGUCAAGCCCAAACGUGUCGCCUUCUCCUCGGACACAAAGUCCUCCCCCACCACUGCCUCUUCUCCGCCUCAAGCCACCGUCAAGUCCCCUCCCGCCUCCUCCAAUCCCUCGUCCAACCCAUUCUCAGCAUUCGAUACCCUCCUCUCCGCCCUGGACGAUCGGCUCAACCAACAUCGCGCCUCAAAAGGUCUGCCGCCCCUUACACAGGAAGAGCUGCAGAACGCCCCUAUUGAGGGUGCAGAUUGGGCCAACAGGAGACCAGGUGGCGCCAGUUUGGGGAGCGUCUUCGCGAAGGAGCAGGCCGAGAAAGAAGGAAGGCCGGCAGAGGACACGCCGCAGCCGGCUGGUGGAGCUGCUGCCAGGCCUGGAUCAGACUCCCAGCUGAAGGACCCUAUAGAAGCUACUGCCUCUGCUGUCCCUUCCUCUGCUACCGUUGACGACGGCUCCGAUGAAGACGAGGACAUGCUGCCCCUCACAGCGCAAGACCCGGCGAAGUUGGAGCGCCUUCUUCGCGAGCAGGUCCCUGAAACGCCCACCUUCAAGGAGAUGGUUGAGCAACUUGGGAAGGAGAGGGAGGAGAAGGCUAAGCAUACUCGGGAAGAAGGGCACGCUGAUGAACCGGUACGGCUCGGCGAUGAUAUGGGCCACAAUCGCAUCACUGAGCUCCCGUCCGAUGCUGCUGAGGAGAUCGAUCGAGACGCAGAGAUGCCUGGUCUGGAGUCCUCAGAUGAAGAAGACGAGUCGGACGAGGAGAUGUUCCCAACCAUUGUACCUGAUGCCCAGCAGGGAGAGGAUGGCGGGAUGGCGGACCUGCUGGAGUCGUGGCGAGCCCAAGGUGGUCGACCUGGUCCUGUGGGAAACCUGGUGGGUGGGAUGGGAAUCAAAGGGCAGGCGCCGCGCUAAUGCAGAGUACUUGCUAAGUGAAUGCCAAUUAGCCGUGACUCGAGCCGAAAUCGCCGUGUGUCAUAGAUGAAGGGGGGC